CUUGCAAACUAUUCCAUAUUUUUUAUUAUCUCGUUAUUUGUGCUGUUUACAUUUAUCACUUCCAUACUGACCAAACACACCUAACGUCUAUAUAUUAUCUAUUGCCCUGCUCUCUCUAGUAGUCCAUCUAUUCGUUUGAUUUUUCGAUGCCUUUUUUUUAAGAGUCGAGGCCAAAGUUGGGGACUCAAGCUCUUCCACCUUCACAAAAAUGGUUGUUAAUCAAUGUCAGGCCCGUGAUUCCUCUAGCUUUUCAAGUACUGAGGAAUUGGACAACAACCCACAGUGUCAUCCACAUUUAAGUUUUCUCAACUUCCUUGAAGUCACCCAUUCAACAAAAAGUAGGAUGUCAUUGGAAGCAUCAGAUUCCCGCUUGACUUGCCAUAACGUAAUUGAUAUACACGUGAAUGGUGGAGAUGUUCAUUCCUCGUGCAUAGUAAAUAUUGACAUUGACAAGGAUAAGCUCAAACCAUCUAAAUCCUGUGACGGAACUUUUGAAAGUUCGAAAACUGAGAAUACAUUGGUGCGCAUAGAGAAGGUACUGCAAAGACAGUCCAGUCUUAAAAUGGGGGCGAAACUUGUGCAUUAUUUGUUGGACCAUGGACUAAUGUUACUGAAGUUCUCGUCUAAAGAAAAAUUAGGGACCGAAAGGGCUCAUGAUACGCCAAACAUUAGGUGGAGGAAAUAUAGAUGUGUUGCACUUGAUUCAAGAAAGAUUGUUAUUCUCUUCUCGGUAUUGUCAAGCUUGGGAACCUUGAUAUUGAUAUAUUUGACUCUGAGAGUUAGGCAGCAGGGUGGAGAUGGAUCUAUUUAAUAGUUUUGAUCUCUGGUUUUGUACAACUUUCUCCGUUCUCUUAAAAUAGUUGAUUUUAAAAUUUAAUCUCUUUAUAGAACAUAUUUUUAGGCAUGACUAUUUAUAUUUGUACACAUAAGGGGUCGUUUGGUUUGUGGGUAAAUGUCUUCUACUCUAUGGAUGCCUUAGGAAUUGAACACUCUAGAGAUUAGUGAACCUGUGAAAUUCGAGAUUGGUGAACCUGUGAAAUUCGGAAAAGAACGUCAAAAUCCUUGAUGGAAAUGUUAGCAGAUUUUGAAUUUUAGAGGAUUGUAGAUAAAAAUAUUUUAUGUUUGAUAGAAAAUUCUGAAAAUUAAGAAAUUUGUAAAAGUGUUUUGCUUUAAUAAAUAAAUAGGUAUGUAUACUUGUAUUAGCAUUU